GGAGGUGCGGUUUUGAUUUUAGAAAUCUUCAUGCAAAAUAAAUAAGUCGGAUUGAAGCUUUGCUGUGGUAGCGUCUUUAUCAGAAAAAAAUAUUGAGGCUCCAAAAUUUGUUGGACUUGUAGACUUGAAUCAAAACCUGUGGCAAAAUUUUUAUCAUAAACUUGGUGAGGGGUCAAACAUGUCUAUUGAAGGUUAUGGGAUGAGCAAUGCUGAUGGUUCUGGUGCAAUGUCGGUGGAUAACAGCAGUGUUGGAUCAAAUGAUUCUCACACUGAUAUUCUAAACCAGCAGGGUAAUCACAUCCACAAUAACUAUUCUGUUGCUGCUAGCGUAGUGAGGGGGAGAGUUUCUAGGUUGAGUGAUGAUGCCCUUGCGCAAGCCUUGGUUGAUGCUCAAUUCCCCACCAUUGGGCUUGAGAUUUAUCAUGAGUGGACAAUUGACUUGAGGAGGCUUACCAUUGGACAAGCAUUUGCUCAAGGAUCUUUUGGAAAACUCUAUAAGGGAACUUAUAAUGGUGAAGAUGUAACCAUCAAGCUUCUAGAGAGGCCAGAAUAUGAUCUUGCGAAUGCUCACUUUAUGGAGCAGCAAUUUCAGCAUGAGGUCAUGAUGUUGGCAAAUUUGAAGCAUCCAAAUAUAGUACGAUUUAUUGGUGCAUGCCGUAAAGCCAUGGUGUGGUGUAUCUUGACUGAAUAUGCAAGAGGGGGAUCAGUGCGUCAGUUCCUCACGAGGCGGCAAAAUCGAGCUGUGCCAUUGAAGUUAGCUGUUAAGCAGGUCUUGGAUGUGACAAGGGGGAUGGAGCAUGUGCAUGGCCUGAAUCUGAUUCACCGAGAUCUGAAAUCCGACAAUCUACUGAUUGCUGCUGACAAGUCAAUCAAGAUUGCAGACUUUGGUGUUGCUCGAAUUCAGGUGGUCAGGAUGGUUGAGGCGGCAGAGACAGAAAUCAUGACUAAUAUCAGAACGGCAUGUUUCAGGUGCUUCCCUCGUCCUACGGCUACAGGGAAAGAGGAAACUGGAGGCAAAAGAUGUUGA